AUGGCUUUGGAAGACAAUGGUUCUGAUGACUACACACAGGAUGGGACUGUGGAUCUCAAAGGGAACCCUGUCCGCAGAUCCAAACGAGGUGGAUGGACUGCUUGUUCCUUUGUUGUUGUAUAUGAGGUGUUUGAACGGAUGGCUUUCCAUGGCAUAUCAGCAAAUUUGGUGCUUUAUCUCACCAAGAAGCUCCACCAGGGCACAGUGACGUCAGCCAAUAAUGUCACCAACUGGGUUGGGACAGUUUGGAUGACUCCAAUCUUGGUAUAUGAGGUGUUUGAACGGAUGGCUUUCCAUGGCAUAUCAGCAAAUUUGGUGCUUUAUCUCACCAAGAAGCUCCACCAGGGCACAGUCACGUCAGCCAAUAAUGUCACCAACUGGGUUGGGACAGUUUGGAUGACUCCAAUCUUGGGUGCAUACGUAGCUGACGCCCAUUUAGGACGGUAUUGGACCUUUGUCAUCGCAUCUGCAAUCUAUUCUGUGGGAAUGUCUGUUCUAACACUAUCAGUUUCAAUCCCUGGACUAAAGCCCCCUCACUGUGUGGAUCCAAAUGUAGAGAAUUGCAAGAAGGCAUCCACAAUACAACUAGCUGUAUUUUAUGGUGCCCUCUACACACUGGCUAUAGGUACCGGUGGGACAAAGCCGAACAUCUCGACCAUCGGAGCCGACCAAUUCGACGAUUUCGAACCAAAGGAGAAAGUUCACAAGCUCUCCUUCUUCAACUGGUGGAUGUUCAGCAUCUUCUUUGGGACACUGUUUUCCAACACAAUUCUUGUGUACAUACAAGACAAUGUGGGCUGGACCCUGGGUUACGGGCUUCCCACCGUGGGCCUUGCAAUAUCAAUACUGAUCUUCUUGGCGGGCACGCCAUUUUAUCGACACAAGGUGCCCACUGGGAGUCCCUUCACAAGGAUGGCUAGGGUUCUAGUGGCUGCCGUAAGGAAGUGGAGGCUACCCCUUCCUGCUGACCCUAAAGAACUCUAUGAGCUUGAUUUUGAAGAAUACACCAAGAAGGGAAAGUUUAGGAUUGACUCCACACCCACCUUAAGGUUCCUCAACAAAGCUUGUGUUAAAACAGGAUCAACCAAUCCAUGGAUUUUGUGUUCAGUAACUCAAGUCGAGGAAACCAAGCAAAUGUUGCGAAUGAUACCAAUCUGGGUGGCCACAUUUGUUCCAAGCACAAUGAUUGCUCAAAUUAAUACCCUUUUUGUCAAGCAAGGGACCCUUCUCAACCGAAACAUCGGUAGCUUCAAAAUUCCUCCGGCAAGUUUAUCCGCGUUUGUAACGAUCUCCAUGCUCGUCUGCAUCGUGUCAUAUGAUCGAGUCUUUGUUCCAAUCAUGAGGAAAUUGACCAAGAACCCUAGAGGCAUCACUCUCCUCCAAAGAAUGGGAGUUGGUAUUGUCCUCCACAUUACUAUCAUGACAGUUGCUUCAUUAAGUGAGAUGCAUAGGCUUAAUGUGGCCAAGGACCAUGGUCUAGUCAAAAAUGGAAAGCCGGGAAUGUCUGUUCUAACACUAUCAGUUUCAAUCCCUGGACUAAAGCCCCCUCACUGUGUGGAUCCAAAUGUAGAGAAUUGCAAGAAGGCAUCCACAAUACAACUAGCUGUAUUUUAUGGUGCCCUCUACACACUGGCUAUAGGUACCGGUGGGACAAAGCCGAACAUCUCGACCAUCGGAGCCGACCAAUUCGACGAUUUCGAACCAAAGGAGAAAGUUCACAAGCUCUCCUUCUUCAACUGGUGGAUGUUCAGCAUCUUCUUUGGGACACUGUUUUCCAACACAAUUCUUGUGUACAUACAAGACAAUGUGGGCUGGACCCUGGGUUACGGGCUUCCCACCGUGGGCCUUGCAAUAUCAAUACUGAUCUUCUUGGCGGGCACGCCAUUUUAUCGACACAAGGUGCCCACUGGGAGUCCCUUCACAAGGAUGGCUAGGGUUAUAGUGGCUGCCCUAAGGAAGUGGAGGGUGACNGUAUCGUUUCUAAUCGAUCCCAAAAAUAGGAACCAUCCUAAAUUUUUACUAUGUACACACACAUUAUCACAAAGUUUGUAA